AUGCCAGGGCUGGCGUUCCUGAGAAUCCCCGAGGACGACGACUCCAUCGCAAUUCUGGUCCGCACGCUGUUCCAGACGUGGCGGGCAUGUCUGCCUCCCGAUGCUACAACGGAUUGCUGGAAGGUCUUUGCAGGUCGAGAAGCGUACAGCGACGACAACCCGCCGCUCAGACUGUCGGAUCGAGUGGGGGGUAUGGGGGCAAGUGACGACGACCUGCUCUUCAUCGAAGUGCCGACAGACCACAUCGUGUCGUUGCUGCUAAAGGGGGAGCAAGUCAAGCAUCUGCUGGAGUCGCUCAAGUGGAAGGAGCCGGAGCGACUUUGCCGUUCGACUAGGAGAAAUUGGCCGUAUCAAGGAGCGUCUGAGAUCGCGAAGAAGCUCAAGCGUUCUCUGGUCAACAACUAUAAGGCCUGGAAAGAGAACAACCACGACGGACACUGCCGAGCGUUGAACGUCAUCCUGAGCGGGGCUGGGACGGGCAAGUCGAGAAUGUUGGACAACAUGAAAAGUUUGUUGUGUGGGGCUGCUAAACUGUCGAAAGACGAAGAUUUGAUGGCGAGAAUGGAGAGUGCGUACGUGUUUCGAAUCACGUUCGCAGAUGGCCCUGAACAAGAUUCCCAAUUAAUUGACGACAUCUACGGUGAUCUGGACAUCAGCUACCGAAUGAUCUAUCAGCUCUACAAGCACAAAAGGGAAGUAGCGUGGCCUUUGUUUGUGUCGAAGUUGAAAGGGGUUUACUCCAAAACCGUCUUUUUCAUCGAAGAGGUGCUAGUCUUAUUGGCCAAGCUGGAGCAAAUCGACAAGCUUCAGGACAUGACGGUGCUGCUGUGCGUGGAUGGCCUCGACAGGCUUCACCACGACGGGAUCAAGCAGUCCUCGAAAUACCUCCGUGUAAUGAACGCGAUCAUCAGCUUCCUGAACGCUUCGAAAGCAUUCGUCGUCUGUGCGUGUGCCUCAAGGCUCGCCAGUCCUUUUCAUGAAGUGCAGAUGGUCUUCCGACAGCGGUGCACGUAUUUGGUUCCUCCAACGCUAAACGGCGACGAAAUCCUGUCGCCACGUACCCGGAUAGAGCAGAUUUUGGUGGAAGAUAUGGGUGGUCACGGUCGGGCGCUCGAAGCGUUGGACGCUGCGUUACGUAGUUUCCGAGACGAAGGUACAGCGACGCCCAGCCCAAUGGACAUUAUCAAACGCGUGUGUGAAAGGCUGCAAGUCGAGUAUGCUGACCUGUUUAAGUCGCCCUUACUGACCAGCCGCACCAUUUGCCAAGAAGUGGUCGCUGCGAUUCUUUAUCGACAACAAUUGAUUUUUUCCGAGUCUAUUGGCGAAAAGGGCAUGACAGUGGACGAGCUUCUCGGCGUUGGCUUCUUCCGUUUGAGUCGAGAAACCCAUGGCCACUUGUCAUGCGCGUUCAUUCUCCUUGAGCUCUUGAUGUCGAAGCUUGGGAAGACCGGCGAUAUGAUGGAAUACCUCACACGUUCGGUGCUCGGGUGGCAGGAUUUCACGCACUUCGUCGCCUCGUACCGUGUCAAAAAAUCCACGGUAUUUAAUGCUGGUCCGAUUUCGCUGGCUGCAUUCCACGCUGGCGCUCGAUUUGGACCCAUCGACGGCAUUUGCGUCAAGGAAGCACGGUCA